ACCCACAAGAAGCUCGCAGCAAGGCAGUCAAAGUACCCAGAGAUCCUCAAGAUCCCUGACCCGUCACUGCUGCCUUCGGCUUGGAAGGACGCCCUCAAGGAGGCUGUCGACGCGGGCAAGAUCCCUGACAUCUCCCCCUCGACGCUCGACUCCAAUGGCAACCCUUCGUACCCGUCCAAGUACUCUACCAAGGACAUUGGCUCGUGGACUCUGAGCAAGUACAUCGACGAGACCGACAUCAGCCAGGCACCCGACGGCGUCUGGGCCAUUGGCUUCGACGACGGACCGACUGACCUGUCACCGCCCCUGUACAAGUUCCUUGAGGAGCAGAAGCAGGCGGCUACCCACUUCUUGAUCGGAUCCAACAUCGUCUCGUACCCCAACGAGUUCAUGCAGGCCAACUCGUCUGGUGGUCAGCUCGCCGUUCACACCUGGUCACACAAGCUCCAGACUGCCAGCACCAACGAGCAAGUCCUCGGUGACCUCGCCUGGACGAUGCAGAUCAUCUACGACCGCACCGGACGCAUCCCCAACCUCUGGCGCCCUCCUCAAGGUGACGUUGACAACCGUGUCCGUGCCAUUGCCACCGAGGUUCUUGGUCUGCGCUGCGUCCUCUGGCAGGCCGACGCCAACGACUGGUGCCUCGACGAGAACUUCAAGUCCGAGUGCCCCGCUAGCAACGAGAUUGGUCAGUCGUACGACUCGGUAGUCAAGUACGUCAACCAGCACAUCAACGGCCCUCAGAGCCCUGGUCUCGUUAUCCUCGCCCACGAGAUCCACACGCCGUCGAUCCAGAUCUUCCAGCACUACUACCCCCGCCUGAAGUCUCACGGAUGGAAGACCUUGGCCGUGGGCGAGUUUGACAAUCAAGGUGGCUUCUACGCCAACGCA